UUAUCGGAUAUUAUUGUGCGCCUUAGUUUUGCCCUAGCACACCGAUUUUUUUUUUAUCUGCUCUCAUUACUUUGAAUUACAUCGCUCUUGUGUUGAAAUCAUACGAAUUAAUAUUUUGGAAUACAUAACAACAGAAGCUUUCAUUUCAGAGUAAAUUUUAUAAUCGUGUGCCAAGAUCUUUUAUGUAUAAGGAAAUACAUAACUUCUUAACUUAAUUUUUGAAAUCAUCGCUUAUCGCCGUUUCUUCUAAGUCAAAAUGAGCCGGUCUCUGGUUUUCAAGCAUUUAAGAAGCCUGCAGAAAGCAAGCGUAGGAAGAGGAUUUAUCAGCGUUCGACAGAAUCAUCAUGCUGGGGCGCCUUUGGGACACUUCACAGAUGAGGAGACAAUGAUGAGAGACACGGUUCGGAAACUGGCCCAAGAAAAAAUCGCACCAUUAGUCAAGAAAAUGGAUGAAGAAGAAAAACUGGAUCCAAGCAUUUUGCCAAUGUAUUUUGAAAAUGGGUUAAUGGGAAUCGAGAUUCCUCCUGACUAUGGUGGCACCGGCGCCUCCUUUUUCUCGAGCAUCCUGGUUGUGGAGGAACUGUCUAAGGUUGACCCUGCUGUCAGCCUGGUUUGCGACAUUCAGAACACCCUGGUCAACAGCCUGAUAAUGCAACUGGGGACCGAGGAGCAGAAAAAGAAGUACCUGCCAAGACUUGCCCAAGAUACUGUUGGCGUAUUUUGCCUGUCAGAGCCGUGGUCAGGAUCUGACGCCUUCGCCAUGAAGACCGUCGCAAAGAAAGACAACGACGACUUCAUCAUUGAUGGUAGCAAAGUUUGGAUUUCAACCGCUGACCAAGCUGGAAUUUUCCUCGUCAUGGCAAAUGCUGACCCAUCUGCCGGCUAUCGAGGUAUCACAACAUUUAUUGUGGAAGCGGGCACUCCUGGACUGAGCAUAGGCAGAAAAGAGAACAAGCUUGGCAUCAGAGCUUCAAGCACCUGUCAGGUCAUUUUUGACGGAGUUAGGGUUUCAAAGUCCAAUAUUUUGGGCGAAUUCGGCAAGGGCUAUCGGUACGCUGCUGGAAUGCUGAACGAAGGCCGCAUUGGAAUUGGUGCCCAAAUGGUCGGCCUUGCUCAAGGCUGUUUUGAUGCCACCAUUCCCUACACGCUUGAGAGAAAGCAGUUCAAACAGCCAAUCUACGAUUUCCAGGGCAUGCAACAUCAAAUUGCUGACAUUGCAACUCAAAUCGAGGCAGCUCGUCUUCUGGUCUACAACGCCGCUAGGCUCCGAGAAGCUGGGGAGCCUUUUGUCAAGCAGGCCUCCAUGGCAAAGCUGUUUAGCUCUCAAGUAGCAACAUUGACAACUUCUAAGUGCGUUGAGUGGAUGGGCGGUGUAGGCUUCACUAGGGACUUGCCCCAAGAGAAGUUCUACAGGGAUUGCAAGAUUGGCUGCAUUUACGAAGGCACCUCGAACAUCCAGCUCAACACAAUCGCCAAGUUGCUCAAGCAGGAGUUCUCCUAAGACUUGUCAAUUUGCACAUCUAACUCACCAGGUACCUAAUUUUAAAGCUUUCUAGCACCAGAAGUGCCAUUUUAAUCACACUUUUAAAAUAUAUGAUAAUUUUUGCUGCUGUGAAAUUCGUUUUUUUAGAAGAAAUGAAAUACCGUUAUUUUUGUUGUCAUCUUUACUUUUUUGUGAAAAUAAAUCAAAACAUUUCAAUCAUA